AUAAAGAUGAAGUUGUCAUUUGACUCAAACAUGAAUUAUUUUAAAUCAUUUUUGUUGGCAAUUCUGGUCUCCAAUGCAUUUGCAGAGAAUUUACGGCUUUAUCCGCGAGAAUCAGAGACCAGAGAUGUGAAGACUUUGGAUGGCUUUUGGAAUUUUCGGGUCAUUUCUGUAGACGACGACCAAAAUAUUGGUUUCACUCAAAAAUGGUAUACAAAGUCAUUAGAAUCGGUAAGACAUCCAAAUCCAACAGGAGAUGUGAUCCCAAUGCCGGUGCCCUCGAGUUUUAAUGACAUAACUCAGAGUCGAUUCAUACGAGACUACGGCGGAUGGGUUUGGUAUGAUCUGUCGUUCUUCGCGCCCCUCGAAUGGAAGGACAAAUCGGUGACUCUUCGGUUUGGAAGCGCUCACUACCAGACAAUUGUCUAUUUGAAUGGAGACAAUGUGUUGAACCACACCGGAGGACACUUACCAUUUGAGACAUAUGUGACUAAAACGUUAAAAUAUGGUGAAAGUAACUUAAUCACAGUGGCUCUCAAUAACAUACUAUCGGCCACUUCUAUACCUCAGGGAUCCGUUGUCUAUAAAAACGAUACAAAACUAUUCCCAAAGGGUUUCUACGAAAUGAAAGGAAAUUUUGAUUUUUUCAAUUACGCCGGUAUUCACAGACAUGUCUUCCUCUAUGCCUUACCAAAGGAUCACAUAAAAGACAUAUCAAUUACAACCGAUAUUAAAGACACCAAAACAGGUAUUAUUGCAUACAAAGUAGAGCACAGCGAACAGACCUCCAAAGCUGAAUGUGUUGUCGACGUGUUGGACAAAAAGGGUAAUCAAGUCUCGACGGGUAAUAAGGGUUAUUCCGGAGCCAUAACUAUACCAAACGCCACAUUCUGGUGGCCGUACACUACGGACCCAAAUCCCGGAUAUCAAUACACUUUGAGAGUGUCUCUCACCGAAAAUGAUAAGACAAUAGACGUCUACUAUUUGAAAGUUGGUAUCAGAACUGUUAGGGCGACAGAAAAGGAGUUUCUAAUCAAUGGAAAGCCCUUUUACUUCAGAGGGUUUGGCAAACACGAAGACGCAAACAUUAGAGGGAAAGGAUUGGAUUUGCCGUUCAUAGCGAAAGACUUUAAUCUAAUGAAAUGGAUUGGCGCCAACUCUUUCCGCACAUCUCAUUACCCGUAUUCCGAGGAACUGAUGGAUAUGGCGGACGAGACCGGGAUUGUGGUCGUC